AUGUUGUUUUCAUCCAAUGGAGUGUUGUAUCCUACACUUGGCCUUGUCUUCUGUGUCACAUUCAUAUACAUGUCUUCCAAAGAAAAUUUCUUCCAAAUUGUAGUAAAUUCUCAGAUGAGCAGUUUUGUAAUGAGGAAUGGGACUCAAUUCAUGGUGGAUGGGAAGCCUUUCUAUGUGAAUGGUUGGAACUCUUACUGGCUCAUGGAUCAUGCAGUAGAGGACUCAAGCAGGCCAAGAAUCAAAGCCAUGUUUCAGGCUGGUGCUAAGAUGGGUCUCACUGUCUGCAGAGCCUGGGCAUUCAAUGAUGGAACUCACAAUGCUCUUCAAGUCUCUCUCAGCCACUUCGACGAACGGGUUUUUAAGGCAUUGGACUAUGUUAUUAUGGAGGCUGGAAGAUACAAGAUUAAGUUGCUUCUUAGUCUGGUUAAUAAUUUGGAUGCAUAUGGUGGGAAACCUCAGUAUGUUAGAUGGGCAAUAAAGGAUGGCAUUAGCUUCAAUUCAUCAGAGGAUUCAUUUUUCUUUGAUCCGGUUAUCAGAAGUUAUUUCAAGAUUUACUUGAAGACUGUGAUAACUAGGAAAAAUCACUUGACUGGAAUUGAGUACAGAGAUGAUCCUACUAUCUUUGCAUGGGAAUUAAUGAAUGAACCAAGGUGUAUAUCUGAUCCAACUGGUGACACUCUCCAAAAAUGGAUUGAAGAAAUGGCAGGAUAUAUAAAAACAGUAGAUAAGAAUCAUCUAGUGACUGUUGGACUUGAGGGAUUUUAUGGUCCCAGAAACACUCCAGAGAAAUUGAGUAUUAAUCCAAGCAAAUGGUAUGACAGUACAGGAACAGACUUCAUCCGAAACUCUAAAACUCCGGCAAUUGAUUUCGCUUCGGUCCAUAUAUAUGCUGAUCAAUGGUUGAUUGGAGCAGAGCUUGAAGAGAAAAUGAAGUACAUAAACAAAUGGAUAAUCUCACACAUUGAAGAUGGAAACAAAGAGCUGAAAAAACCAGUGCUACUCACUGAAUUUGGACUCUCAGAUAAGAAUAAAAACUUUGAUCAUUCACAUAGAGAUAAACUCUACAAGUCCAUCUUUGACAUCAUGUAUAAAUCUGCAAGAGAAAAUGGAGCUGGUGCAGGUGCAUUAAUUUGGCAACUCAUGGUCCAAGGAAUGGAAAAAUACACCGAUGACUAUGUUAUUGUCCCCGGUGACCGGCCAUUUAUCGAUAAACUUGUAAAGAAACAGUCAUGCCGUUUGUUAGCAUUGCAAGAUGCUAAACAAAUGAGAACACAUAAACAAAAUGUGGAUCAAAUUUGUUCAUAAUUUUUUUUUUCUGCAAUUGAAAACUGCUGCACAUUGUCAUCUACCAAUGUUGCAAGUAAAACACACAUAUCAGAGAUUAAGACAAAGAGGCUCAAUAACAAGGG